CUCUCUCUCUCUCUCUCGCUUUCAACGGCAUAAACGUGAUAGGAAAGAAUGGAGGGGAGAUUGGCUAAUAUGUGGAGGUUGACGGUGAACGAAAGUAAGUUCGUGGAGACAGCGUUGCAGUCCGAGCUCAGAGUAGAUGGUCGUGGUCUUUAUGAUUACCGCAAGCUUACUAUUAAGUUUGGCAAAGAAUAUGGUAGCUCAGAAGUUCAACUUGGUCACACUCAUGUGAUGGGUUUUGUGACUGCUCAGCUGGUUCAGCCUUACAAAGACAGACCUAAUGAAGGCUCUCUAUCUAUCUUCACUGAGUUUUCUCCUAUGGCUGAUCCUUCCUUUGAGCCUGGUCGUCCUGGCGAAUCUGCUGUAGAGCUUGGACGUAUUAUAGACCGUGGUCUAAGAGAGAGUCGUGCGGUGGAUACAGAGUCACUCUGCGUUCUAGCUGGAAAGAAGGUCUGGUCUGUUCGCAUUGAUCUUCACAUCUUAGACAAUGGAGGGAACUUGGUUGAUGCUGCAAAUAUUGCGGCGUUGGCAGCGCUUAUGACGUUUAGAAGACCUGACUGCACUGUAGGAGGAGAGAGCAAUCAAGAAGUUAUCAUACAUUCACUAGAGGAAAGGGAGCCAGUCCCACUGAUAAUACAUCAUCUCCCUAUAGCCUUCACGUUUGGAUUUUUCAACAAAGGCAACAUUGUGGUGAUGGACCCAACUUAUAUUGAAGAAGAGGUUAUGUGCGGGAGGAUGACUGUGACAGUCAAUGCUAAUGGAGAUAUAUGCGCUAUCCAGAAACCUGGAGAAGAAGGCGUGAACCAGAGUGUGAUCCUUCAUUGCUUGCGUCUUGCUUCUUCAAGAGCUGCUGCAACAACUAAGAUAAUCAGAGAAGAGGUUGAAGCGUAUAACCGUGAGAAGAGCUUACAGAAGGUGAAGCGACAUCCUACUCUGGCUAAACCUGAAGUUUCUGGACCUAUUGUAGUUGUGAAGGAGGGACAUAAGAUGUCUGAAGAUGAGGCAAUAGCUGCAGAGAUAUCUAGGGAAUAUGUUGAAAGAUUAAACCUCUCUUCAGUUGAACUCAAAAGCAGUAAGGAACAGGAAGCUGUUGCUGCUUCUCCUGGCAAUUUCAAAGGCGGUCCAUCAAACUGGGAUCCUUACACGGAAGCUAUGGAUGUUGAUUCACUGAAAGCUUCACUUGCUUCAAGAGGAGUGUCAGUGACUAAGUCAACGAUCAAGAAAAAGGCGAACGAUUCUGGAAAUGUGCAGAAAGAAGUAACAGGAGAUUUAGAGAUGAAAGAUACAGCUGAGACUACAAAACACAAGAGUGGAGAGAUGACACUCAAAGAUGCUGUCAAACCUAAAAAGAAGCGGAAAAACAAAAGCAGUUAAGAUCAUCACUUGUUUCAAUUUUUUGGUAUUAGAGAAGACCAAAGCUAAGCAAAGAUAGAUUCCAGGGUUUGUUUGUGUCUAAGUGACUAAAAGUUGAUUUUUUUUGUUUCUGUCACUUGAGAAUUAGAACCCUCUCAGUGAGACAGAGGUCUCGUCUUUGCUGAUGACGAGUUUUUUCUUUGGGAAUUGAUGGGCCGAUCCCAAAUUAAAUUUAGUUCACAAUA